UGAGACACUUUGUGAGUGUGGUAACUGAGAGCAACAAUGGAGAAAUUAAAAUCGCUGAUUCCUGAAGAUCUUCUCCAAACAGUGAAAUCGAGCAGCGUCGAUGAUCUUCCCUCCUCUUCUUCUUCUCUCCUCCGUUUGUUUCUGGGUCUUCCCCAAUUUCACCAAGCGGUGAGUGAGUUAACUGAUCCUGAUUUGGGCUGUUGUGGGAAGAACGAAGAGACAUCUCUGGACUUGAAACGUCGAGGAAAUCUCUCCUUUCGCAGCCGUGAUUUUCACGAUGCUUUGCGUUUCUACUCUAAAGCUUUACGUGUUGCUCCUCCAGACGCCAUUGAUGGAGACAAGAGCUUACUUGCUUCUCUGUUUCUGAAUAGAGCUAAUGUCCUCCAUAAUCUGGGACUUUACAAAGAGAGUUUACGGGACUGCCAUCGCGCUCUCCGCAUUGAUCCUUGUUAUGCAAAGGCUUGGUAUAGGAGAGGCAAACUUAAUACUCUUCUUGGAAACUAUAAAGAUGCGUUCCAUGACAUUACAGUUUCUAUGUCGCUUGAAUCAUCAUUGGCGGGGAAGAAGCAGUUACAAAACGAACUUAAGGCUAUUCCGGAGUACCAGAAUACGCAAACAUCUGAACAUGAUGAUUGUCAUCCAAGCAAUUAUGCUGGCGGGGAUCAUCUGCCGAGUGUGCAAACAAAAGUAAAGCUGCGUUGUGUAUCGACAAAAGACAAAGGAAGGGGUAUGGUAUCAGACUGUGAUAUUGAACAAGAGUCUGUGAUACAUAUUGAAGAACCUUUUAGUGUGGUCAUAUCAAAAAGUUGUCGGGAAACACAUUGCCACUUUUGCCUGAAUGAGUUGCCUGCUGAUGCUGUUCCAUGUCCAUCAUGCUCAAGAUCUGUGUACUGCUCCGAGUCCUGCCAAAUUCAAUCAGGUGAAAUGAUGCUCACAAGUGAGAGGGACAAGCACCACAUUUUUCAUAAUCUACCUGAUGAUAUUGUUGAGCAUAUUAAAGGCAUUACACCAGCUGAUGUAUAUUAUUCUGAAAAUGAGUGCAUUCAAGAACACCAGCAUGAGUGUCGGGGAGCCAAUUGGCCUGCUGUACUGCCAUCUGAUGCUGUUUUAGCUGGUCGAGUUAUAAUGAAGUUGAUAAAUCAAGGGAAAGCAGUGAUGGAUCUUUCUAACCUUCAGGAGAUAUUAGAACUUUCCCAUAGCUACUCUAUGAUGAAUCCAGAGAGCAAGUUGGAGAUGCAUCUACUAUCCAUAGUAUUGAUUUGGUGCCUUAGUAAAUCUAGCUGCCCUGAUCUUUCGGUCUGUGAAGCUGCUGUCACACAGACAAUCAUACUGCUGGCACAAAUCAAGGUGAACUCUAUAGCAGUUGUCCGCAUGAAAUCCAGUGGCGAUUUUUUGAAGUGCAUCCCAUCUGGAAACGUCUCAGCAAAAGAACAGAUUCAGAGUUUAGAGCAGAUCAGAGUUGGUCAGGCUCUCUAUAAAACUGGUAGUUUGUUCAAUCAUUCCUGCAAGCCAAACAUCCAUUUGUAUUUCCUUUCACGUGGACUUGUUGUGCGAACAACAGAGUUUGUUCCCUUGGGUUCUCCCCUUGAGCUGUCAUAUGGUCCUGAGGUUGGGAAAUGGGAUUGCAAAAAUCGCAUUAGAUUUCUUGAAGAGGAGUACUUUUUCCAUUGCCGGUGCCGUUGCUGUUCUCAAAUUAACAUAUCAGACCUAGUUAUCAAUGGGUAUUGCUGUGUCAAUACAAACUGUACUGGUGUAGUUUUGGAUAGUAAUGUGGCCACAUGCGAGUCCAGUAAGCUAAAUAAUUUUUUGACUGCUCCAAAAAGUCUGGAUCAUCACAUUAAGGUGUGGGAGAAGGUGCAUACUGAUGUUGGGGAAGUGGCUUCAAGUUUGCUCAGUAAACACAGAGAUUCCCUUCAUAUAGAACCUGAUAUAUGUUUGAAAUGUGGUUCCCGCUGUGAUGUAAAAAAUUCUCAUGCAGCAGUGAAUAAAGCUUGGAAUCACUUAAGAAGGGUAGACGAGUUGAUAAAUUCAGGGCAGGCCAAUGUUUCUGUAAUAUCAGAUUGCUUAAGGUCCAUCGCCGUGCUCAGAACUUUCCUCCACAUGUAUAACAAAGACAUCGCUGAUGCGGAGGAUAAGGUUGCUCAGGUCUGCUAUCUAGCUGAAGAACUGCUGGAUGCAAGAAAGCAUUGUGAAGCGUCCAUAAAGAUUCUGAAGAGGCUGUAUGAAGAUGAACAUGUGGUGAUUGGAAAUGAAAUGGUGAAGCUUGCGUCCAUUCAGCUCGCAUCAGGUGAUUCCAGUGGAGCAUGGAACACAACAAAGAAAUUUUCUAAGAUAUUCUCUAAGUAUUACGGGUCACAUGCUGAGACUCUCUUCUCUUAUCUCCCUUGUCUUAAGCAAGAAGCUGCCAAAGCUCUGAAUUUGUCAUCUUAACCCAAAAAGUUUGUGAUGUGUGUAAUAUGUAAUGUAAAUACGAAAAUUUGUGGACGGUUUAAUUUGUGGCCGGUUUAGUUGAUCCGAAACGAUGUCGUUUAUUUCACUUAGGGUUUUAACAAGUUUUUUUGGAAUCUCAAGGUUUUUACUUUUUGCGAAA